ACAACACAAAGUGAUCAGAAUCAAUAGAAGAUCACCUUGACGUGUUAUGGCUGUUUUAGGAUCAUAAAAAACAAAGUUGUAGUCAUAAGAAUGACCGUCAAAAAGCCCAUGAACAAGAAUCUCUGGCGCUUUCUCUUGUUCACUGCCGGUUUUCACGCGAUCGCGCUAAUCGGACCCCUCUCGUACUCUCGCUUCGGCCGUGAUAAAUUCUUUGAAGCGCAUUGGGAAUACAGCACACCUGUUUUUCGGCAUCGUAAGACGUAUUGGAGGUUCUGGGAUCCGACAUUUCGCACGCCGGUGCUGACGGACGAGGAGAAUCGUUGCCUUGGGGCGUGGCUGCAGCUCAUGGAGGCGCCCGCACCGCAGCCGAUGCAGGACCUCUCGCCAAACAUCCGCACGCACGACACGAUGGCCCUUUACGACGGACUCAAGGAGCUGCAGUGCGGGAUCUACAUCGUGCAGCACUGUUUGCAUAAAAUCACCCCGAACCUCGUUGAGUUGCGGCGGGAGAUGCAGGGCGAUGUGACUUUCCUUCAUUUUACGCUGGAGUUUGAUAUGGAGGCGCGCAUCCCCCUGACGCCGUGGUGCUUUUCCUGCGGCCGGCUGCCGUCGUCGGUCUCGCUGCAGCUGGGGAGGGGAGGCCCCAAACCGACUGAUCCGCUCGUCAUCACCGCGGUAGAAAAUCGCUGGUUUAAUGGGCCGAUCUGGUCUUAUCAGACGCGUUCCGCACCUUCCUUUUUCGGGGAUAUUGGGGAUCUGUUUAGAUGCUAUAACGCCUUUAUCUCUACCGUGUUUGUGCAGAGCGCGAUUCCCGUAAAGCGACGCGUGGAUCAGACGCGAGCAUGGCUGUCGGGGAUUGCAGCAGCCGUUCAGGAGGAGCAGGAAAAGCAGAUUAUCAUGUAACUUUCUAAUCGGCAAUGCCCUUACCGAAGUCAGGAAGGAAUGCUACGGAAUACUAUUGCUAUUAUUAUUAUUAUUAUUAUUAUUAUUGAUUGUUUUUUCUUACUCUAAUUUUGUUCUUAGGAUAACUUUUGUCCCGAUUCGUAACGUUAGUUAUUAUAGA